CAGAGCAGCAGGCAGGUUGGAGAUUUCACAAAAAGCAAGCAUUAAUAAAGCUGAUAAAAAAAAAUAAAAUCCAAAACAGGCAGAUAACUGAAAGUGCAAAAGAAAGAAGAACCAAAGCUAAACUGAACUGGUAUAAUAUGACAAACUCAGGGAAGAAACCCAAACAGAAGACAAGGCACCAGGCUGGAAACCGAGCAGGGAACGAGACCAAGAACACAGGGAUGAACACAGACGAACUAACAAGGAACGAAGGGAAACACACAGGUGCACUCAUCCACCCCUUCAUUCAGCUGACAAAAUGUCGAUGACAGAUCUGUUGAAAGCUGAGGAGAUCAAGAAAGCUCUUGAAGCCUUUGCAGCAGAAACAUUUGACCCUAAAAAGUUCUUUGAAAUGGUGGGAAUGAGGGCCAUGUCAGCUGAAAAUGUCAAGAAGGUCUUCAAGGUUCUGGAUGUGGAUGGUAGUGGCUUCAUAGAAGAGGAGGAGCUCAAGUUUGUACUGAAGGGCUUUUCCGCGGAGGGCAGAGAUCUGACCGACUCUGAGACAUCAGCAUUCCUCAAAGCCGCAGACAAAGAUGGAGACGGCAAGAUCGGCAUUGAUGAGUUUGAGGCCAUGGUGCAUGAGUAGGGGAUAGAUGAACACCCCCCUUCUUCUUCCUCCUCCUCUUUGUCCCUGCAUUCAUAUUUUGUAACUGCCACCUUCAAACUCCUCUCACCUUCGUCGAGACCCCACACAUGGAGUCAGACCAGGCCUGCUCUCUACAAACUACUGCAGAGGCAGGCCAACAGGGCGUUACCAUGAGGAGAAACAUACAGGCUUAACAGGCACCAGUUUCAUCUUUUCAUUUUUUAUAUAUAUAUUUAAUCGCACAUGCUGUAUGGGUUUCUGAAUCAUUCAUAAUGAUUUCAUGAAGAUAGUUUGUGGUCUAAAACAGGUGGUGGUACUUUAGUGCUGUAGAUGGUGUAGAUGUUAUAAAGACUUCUUAAAUCUUAAUUUCCUUCCUUUGUGUAUUUCAGGUUGUGCAUUUUGUCUGAUUGAUUUUACUUCUAGAUGUUCACAUAUCAGUGCACUUUCCUCCCACUCCUCUUCCUCAUCCACCUUCCUUCACCUCACCUCCUCUCCUCUAUCCCCUUCUCCUCCUCCACACUCCCUGCCUCCAAUCAGAUGAUGUAGUGAAUAAAAUGAUAUAUAAGGAGAGCUGUGAAGACAGAAAAGAUAUGAGUAAGAAAUGAUAAUAAAAAACUUGAGUAAUAA